AUGGUUUGGAAGCGCCCGGAAAACAUCCCAUACCCGACGGUUUGGCAUACGUUCCAGGCCAAGGAUACCGACAGCGAUCGGCUGGUGUCGUACCGAGUGCAGGAUCUUCCGGAAGAGCGUUUCGAUGAGGCGAUCGCGCACAUGCUCGAGGUCUUUGUGUUCGAUGAACCGACAUGUCGGGCGAAAAAUAUCGUUGGGGAGCCACAGAGCGUCCAGGAAAUUGGCGACCUGUGGCGUAUCAUGGUGAAACAUCGGCUUGUCCUAGUCUGCUUUAAGGAGGGUAGCGAUGAGAUCGCGGGGAUGAACAUGUUGUACAUAGCGGAAAAGGAUGACAAAUCAGAGUACGAAUGCAAAGGAUCGAUCUGGCGUACCAUUUAUGAUCUCGUUGACUACACCAUAAAAAAGGCAAAUGUUUUCGAGCACUACGGAGUGGAUACGUAUUUGGGUGCGAUGGGUCUUUCAGUGCCACCGAAGUAUCGAGGACGUGGCAUCGCUACCGAGAUCCUGCGUGCCCGGAUUCCAUUGUGCAAGGCUCUCGGCAUACCGUUGACGUCCACUUGCUUCACAGCUAUCGGGUCACAGGUGGCUGCUGCGAAGGCAGGAUUCGAGGAAACGUACGCCGUGACGUACGAACAUAUGGCCACGGUUGAUGACCGAUUCGUUUUCCCAAACAUCACGACAAAGUAUGUCAAGGUUAUGUCAAAACGAGCUGAAUAAAAAAUUGAAUUAAAAAUACCUUAAAAGACCUGAAAGUCUGCAUCUGAAACAACAAAAACAUAACACGAUAAAUCAUGUGGAAUUACAUGAAUGUAUUAUUAGUUUUUUUUAUAAAUAUAUGGUGCAUUAGUUUUUUAUUAAAUAAACGGCUAUGUCGUUUUAUCUUUCAAAUUAUCUUAUCAGUCCGUACUGGACCUAGCAUCGUAAAUCAUGUAGAGUAUAAAAAUCUGAUAGCUUAAAAAUAACGAUCGUGCUUGCAGUGUGCGAUAAGCAGCACAUAUAGGUGUACGUGCUCGGUUUCGUAAUUCAUAACCAAGAGUUGCACUAGACACGGUAGUAAUGCUCAACGCACUAGCAUGGAAUGAGUAAAGUUAAUCGUUCCUUCUG